GAAUCCAAGCAGACAGCUUUCCUAAUAGAGCAUGAAUAACUCUGCAAGAGAAGCAGGGAAUCGUUGGAUUACAGCAGCAUUUUUACUUCGAUUUUUUGAUGCAAAUGUUUAGGAUUCAGUAAUAAUGUCGACAGUACUUCUGUUCCUGAAUGCAUGUUUAAUAAUGGACCAGCGAAUAAACUUAAAAUGGUGGCUGCAUUUUUUAGUGUUUUCCAUCCUUUUUGGUCUUUCGCCUGGAGAAGUCCGUUACAUCCUUCCAGAGGAGAUGCAGCGGGGCUCGGUUAUCGGGAAUGUAGCGAGGGAUCUUGGGCUGAAAGGGACGGAGUUUGACGCUCGUCGUGCCCGUGUUGUUGCAGAAGGAACCAGCCAGCUGUGCGAACUGGACACUGCGUCAGGCAAUCUUUUGAUCAGCCAACGGAUAGACCGAGAGGAGCUCUGCGCGCAAGCAAAUGUCUGCAUCCUGCAGUAUCAGCUCUUACUUGAAGAUCCCCUUCAAGCAUACAGCUUAGUUUUGGAUAUUGCAGAUAUAAAUGACAACAGCCCGGUGUUCGCUGCGGGGGAGAUACAACUAGAUUUAGUCGAAUCCACAGUUCUGGGGAGGCGCUUUCCAUUGGAGAGCGCGCAUGACCCCGAUCUGGGAACUAACUCUGUCCGUGAAUAUAAACUGAGCCCGAAUGAUCAUUUUGCACUGGAAAUGAGUACCCAAAUAAACGGGAAUGCUUACCCCGAACUUGUUCUUAAAAAGGCCUUGGACCGAGAGGCACAAGCUGAACAUGUACUGAAAAUCAAUGGGAUUGACGGAGGGAAUCCAGUCAGAUCAGGAACUGCUUCUAUCUACAUUCGUGUUUUGGACGCCAAUGACAAUGUCCCAGUUUUUAGCCAACGAGUUUAUAAAGCCUCUGUGCCAGAGAACUCUCCCAUAGGGACUCUCAUUGCAAAGCUGAAUGCCACAGACUCAGAUGAAGGUCUUUAUGGAGAGAUAACGUACUCUUUCAGUCACCUGUCAGACAAGAUUGGAGGUGUUAUAGAGAUUAACCCUCAGAGUGGAGAGGUUCGGGUGGCAGGGGUCAUUGACUAUGAAGAGGCCAGUACUCACGAGCUGGAUGUUCAGGCUAAAGAUGGGGGUGGCCAGGCUUCUCACUGUAAACUUAUAAUUGACGUUAUCGACGUAAAUGACAAUAAACCCAUAAUAGAAAUAAAGUCAGCCUCUGCUAACGUGGCUGAAGACUCUAAACCAGGAACUAUGGUUGCUCUUAUUAAUAUUUACGACCUGGACACUGGAAGCAGUGGGCGCGUCACGUGUACAAUCCCUGACAAUGUUCCAUUUAAAUUUGUGUCAGAGGUGAAAAAUUAUUACAUGUUAGUGACAGACGGAAUACUAGACCGAGAAUUUCAACCUGAGUAUAACAUCACAGUGACUGCCACUGACGCGGGCUCUCCCUCACUCUCCAGUGUAAAAGUAAUAACAAUCGUGGUGAAUGAUAUUAAUGAUAACCCCCCGACUUUUACGCAGGGCGAGUACAAUGCCAACAUCUUGGAAAACCAACCCGUUGGCACGUUUGUGAUGAAAGUGAAAGCAGAGGACAUUGACGACGGAUCCAAUGCUAAAAUCACGUACCAAAUAUCAAAGGACACAAAGUCAGAAGUGUCCUCCUUCCUCACUAUCAACUCAGACACUGGGGAUCUGUUCACGUCUCGCCUCUUUGAUUACGAACAGUCAGUUUACUUUCAAAUUAAGGUGACAGCUCGAGAUGGAGGCAACCCUCCGCUCACCACCACCUGCACUGUAAACGCUUUUAUUAAGGACCAGAAUGACAAUUCACCUGUUGUCCUAUACCCUGUACAAACCACCGGGUUAAUUGCUGAGGAUAUGGUGCCACUUGAAGCGCCUCGUGGUUACCUGGUUACUAAGGUGGUAGCUGUGGACGCUGACUCUGGCCAUAACGCGUGGCUCUCAUACAGAAUAAUCAAAGCAACGCAGCCGAACCUGUUUGUGGUCGGUUUACAUACAGGAGAAAUCAGAACCGUGCGACUAUUCAUGGAGGAGGAUGAACCGAAACAAACGGUUGUUGUUUCAGUGACAGAUAACGGGCACGAAUCUCUCUCAGCCACCGCUACAGUCAGCGUGGUGAUAGGCAACGGGCUGCCCGUUUUAAACGAACUAUUUGAGUUUGCAGAUGAGUCAAAGGACAGCGACAAUUUAACGUUUUACUUGAUAAUCGCCCUGGCCGCCGUUUCAUCCCUUUUCAUCCUUUUAAUCAGCGGAGUGUUUUAUUUUAAGCUCUGCAGACGUAGCUAUGUUUACCGCUCAACCACCGCGAGUCUGCCCGUUUUCCCCACGACCUACUGCCCCCCUAGUUUUACAGAUUUCAGCCGGUGUGGGACCCUGCUGAAAGAUGAUCGAUAUGACUCCUUCUUGACCACAGGGUCAUGGAGAGGCGAUUUUCGUUUCGCCUCGAGCACAGACACUGACACAUUGAAGCAAAGAAGUGCAGCCUAUCAAAAAAACACGCUCAGGCGCGCGAGUACUGACAGAAAUACUCUGAAGGUGAGGGCAGGUGCGCCGCAUCCUUGUUACGUCAUCACAUGAGCGCCGGCCAUAUGAUAUUGUAAAUAUGCUGUGAUAUAAUCCCAGUGCGUUGAAUUCCAAUCUGAUGCUUUGACUGCCAAAUCUGUUAGAAUUGUAUUUGUGGGUAAAAUGUUGUCAACACCUUUUUAAACAUGUUUUGUAAUGCUUUCGGAGCUUUGCUUAUAACCUCAACCUCAACCCCAUGACCUGAAUAUAAACGGUCAUUUCAACCCAAUACAAGAGUCUAUCUUAAUAUUUUCGAAAUAUUAUCAUUGUAGCAUAAAUAUAGUAAUUCUUCUUUUAACAUUUGGUUUGUUUGAAGUUGUUUUUUUAAUCAAAGUUUGACAAAGUUUGCUGCAGAAAGAUUGUUUGUUGUAACUUUAGUCAGGCUUGUUUCGUUUGCCUGCCUCUUUUAGGACUUCUCUUAACUACUAUAUCACUACAUAGUAGUCUUUCUCUUUGUCUUCCUCUAUUUUAAAAUGCAUGGUAGACCUUUUAUAAGUACUCUUUUCUUCACUGUAUCUUUUGAUUUAUUGAGAAUACAGAUAACGAAUUGUAGUCCAAGCCUUUAAUAUGUUUGCUUUCUCCUUGAUGUAUUUUUCUUUGCCUAUCAACGUGUUUGUGUGUGAGAUAGACUACACACUGUUUUACAUUUUUUGGCUUGAAAUGCACUGCAGCCAAUGAUAACUGAUACUGCCAUAUGUUUUCACAGAACAACACUUGUUUUUUUUGUUACAAAGACAUAAUACAAUAUUUGCACUACGAGAAUUGAACAAUAUGUAAACAUAUUGAGUGUACUGGUGAAAAAUAAACUUGAAGAGACCAAUGUG